AUGUCGAAUUUUCCUUCGUUGAUUGCGUUUGGCCCCCUCAGCACAUGGCCCUCGGUCGGGGAGCUCGGGGAGCUGAGAGAUUCCUUGCUGGAAUAUGAGCACCUCCUUCAUAUUAAAGAAGCUAUCAGUGAGUUGCCUGAGCUCUGGAAGACGCUGCUCGCGAACGAUGAGGCUUUAGAACCGCUCGACGGCCUCGCUGCUGCGGAGUGUCUGGCGACGUGGGUUUCGACCGGGGAGGCCAUCAGCAGCAAUGCCACCUGGAACAACAUUUUCAGCCUUCCAUUAACGAUAGCUUCCCAUUUAUGCGAUUAUCUGAAAUAUAUCAGGGAGACCGGCUCCUCACACUCUAUACUUCUCGACCACAUUGCCAAUGCUGCUGGUGUUCAUGGAUUCUGUGCUGGGCUUCUCAGUGCUCUCGCUAUCGCUACCUCCAUUGACGAAGAAAGUGUUGGGGUACACGGGGCUUUGUCUGUGCGGGUAGCGUUUUCCAUAGGCGCUUAUGUGGAUCUUGACAGUUUAAUGCACGGAUCGACGGGCUGCCUGGCAGUCAGGUGGAAGUCUCCGAAUAGUAUUGUCGAUCUUCAAAAUGUUCUAAAAAUAUAUGACCCGGCAUACGUAUCGGUCAUCAGGAGUGCAAAUGAAGCAACCAUCACAGUUCCUUCAUCUAGCAUCCCCGACGUGUCUAGGCAUCUCCAAAACGAGGGAAUCUACGUGCUCGAUACGGGUCUCACUGGACGAUAUCAUACACAUGAUCACCAAGGCGUUCCGGAGAGGGUCAUUCAGAGCUGCACGCAGCAUGCGAGAGUUGACUUUGGGAAACAGCUUGAUGUCCGGUCGGACAGUGAUGGCCAGAUACUUUCCCAACACGUCGGAUUAAUGGCCGCGUCUCGCGAAAUACUUCUGGAGUGCUCAAACUGGCAUUUGGCCCUCUCAGAGUCUGCGUCGCGGCUGUCUGACAUGAGCGGAGUGCCAUUUGUGCUGGCAAUUGGAACAGAUACUGCUCUGUCGUCUAUUCCAAGAAAUGCCAAGAUCGCCGGAGUAUCAAGCAUACGUAAGGCCAGAGCAGCCUCCGAACGAGCAGAUGACUUGCGAGAUUAUCCCGCACACUCAAUUGCAGUCACUGGCAUGUCUUGCAAGCUCCCAGGGGCCGACUCGCCCGAUGAAUUCUGGCAGCUUCUAUUGAAGGGGAAAUCGAUGGUGGAGCAUGUUCCGCUAGAGAGAUGGCCUGAGACGAUUUCAAACCGUGGAAAGAGAACAAAGGAGGGGUUCUGGGGAAAUUUUAUGCGAGAUGUUGACUUUUUUGACCACCAAUUUUUUAACAAGUCAUCGCGAGAGGCGGCGUCUAUGGAUCCACAGCAGCGUCUGCUGUUGCAGGGCGCUUAUGAAGCCAUGGAGUCCGCGGGCUACUUUUUCCAUUCGCCUACCAGUCGGAGUCAGGCCAUAGGCUGCUAUCUUGGUUUAUGCGCCGUUGAAUAUGACGCCAAUGUCGGCUCCCACUCCCCCAACGCUUUCUCCACCCUCGGUACCCUGCGUGCCUUCCUAAGCGGCAAGAUAUCACACUUCUUUGGUUGGACAGGGCCAUCUCUCACGUUUGACACGGCAUGUUCGUCAUCAGCAGUAGCUAUCCAUACGGCAUGUCGGGCACUGCAGGCCGACGAAUGCACGCAAGCACUCGCCGGCGGGGCGUCCUUGUUCACCAGCCCAUACCUCUAUGAGAACCUCUCUGCUUCCCAUUUUCUCAGCCCCACUGGAGCUAGCAAACCGUUCGACGCAAUGGCCGAUGGAUAUUGCCGCGGUGAAGGCUUUGGCUUGGUCGUCCUAAAGAAGCUGUCCGCUGCAGUGGCCGAUGGAGAUAAUAUCCUCGCCGUCAUCGGAGGCUCGGCCGUGAACCAGAAUGACAGCUGUGUCCCAAUAACUGUGCCCGAUGCCUCUUCACAAGAGACGUUGUACAGAAAGGCCGCACAGCAGGCGGGAAUUCCACCUCAUCAAGUGUCCUUUGUGGAAAGCCAUGGCACUGGGACGCCAGUGGGAGACCCGAUCGAGAUGGAGAGCAUCCGCCAUGCUUUUGGAGGGCCGCACAGACGAAGUGACUUGGUAGUGUCGUCAGUCAAGGGAAAUAUUGGACAUCUGGAGGGAGCAUCUGGUGUAGCUGGCCUGAUUAAGGCCAUUCUACAACUUGAACAUCGUACUGCCGUUAAGCAAGCCUCCUUCCAAUCCCUCAACCCCAAAAUCCCUCCGCUCGGUCCUGAUCACAUUACUGUACCGACGUCGAACCUUCGCCUACCGGAUGGCUUACUUACCGCCUGCGUGAACAAUUAUGGGGCAGCCGGGAGCAAUUGUACCCUGAUUAUUGCGCAGCCACCCCGCAUUCCAGAGCGUGCUAUGGAGCUUGCAUCGCUCUCCAAGUAUCCCAUAUUGAUUGCCGCAAACUCCAAAGCGAGCGUGGAGAAAUACUGCAGAGCCCUGAGAGAAAGCCUGCAGCAUAAGUCUGAUAAGGGAUCCCUGAUUAGCAGCAUCGCCUUCCAUUUAGCUAGACGACACAACCGUAGUCUGCCAUAUAUCUACACGACAGCAGUAUCCAAUACAGAAACACUGGAGGCACAGUUAACACGGCAGCUGUCGGGGUCUCUAUCAUCGAUAGAGCAACGUCCAUCUCGCCCGAGCAUGAUUCUCGUCUGCGGGGGCCAAGUCCGCAGGUACGUUGGUCUGAGCCAACAGCUUUGGGAACAAUUCGCUCUGCUUCGCGUGCAUCUCGACGUUUGUGAUGAGAUUCUGCACUCCAUGGGUUAUCCGGGGAUUUAUCCAGCCAUCUUUCAGUCUGAGCCGAUUGCAGACAUCGUGAUUCUGCAUUCGACGCUCUUUUCCCUGCAAUAUGCAUCUGCAAAAGCAUGGAUAGACUGCGGUCUCGCCAUUGACGCUGUUAUUGGCCACAGCCUUGGGCAACUUACCGCGCUUAGCGUGUCCGGCAUACUAUCACUAGAAGAUGGCCUUAAGUUUGUUGCUGGCCGCGCCUCACUAAUCAAAGCCCAUUGGGGGCCGGAGACCGGCUCCAUGAUUUUGGUCGAAGCGGACCUGGAGACGCUUUCCAGCAUGCGACAUUCCCUCGAGGUAGCUUGCUACAACGGGCCCUCCUCACAUGUUCUGGUCGGAGACAAAGCAGCGAUCAAUGAGUUUGAAGACAUCGUCUCACGGAAGCAGUUAAGAUCCAAGAUAUUGCAGGUGUCUAACGGCUUUCAUUCUAAAUUCACGGAACCUCUUAUCACGCCACUUCGGAAACUCGCAUCAACUCUUCGCUUCCACAAGCCCACAAUAUCCAUUGAGACAUGUUCCGAUGGGUCGAGCUGGCUGGACCCAACCGCAAGCUGCCUUGCAGAACAUACCCGGAAACCCGUUUUCUUCGGACAGGCUGUUCAGCGACUCGCCAGUACCCGGGGCAAAUGUACAUGGUUAGAGGCAGGCUCUGAAUCUGGCGCCACCAAUAUGGCGCGCCGCGCUUUGGGCUCUUCUAAAACCAAGGAGCAUACCUUCCUGCCCAUGAGCCUCAACAAACCAUCGGCUCUUGAUGCGAUUGUCGAUACCACUAUCCAACUGUGGAAGAUAGGCCACACCCCGCAAUUUUGGGCAUUUCAUCGCGUGCAGAGAGAUGAAUACCACCCCAUGCGCGUUCCGUCAUAUCAGUGGGAAAAUAAUAAGCACUGGCUUGAGCUGCUGCCACCAUCAUCACCACCCGCAGCAGGUCACUCUCUAGCCCCACCUGUUCCUGGGCCUGAGACGCCACGCCUUGUGAGACAUAUCGAGCAGCGCAACGAAAAUGAAAUCUUCACGAUCGAUCCGCUAUGCGAUGAGUACCAACGCUUCGUCUCUGGUCAUGUCAUUGCAGGAAGCCCUCUGUGCCCCGCGACUGUUUACAUGGAAAUCGUUGCGAGGGCAUGCAAGAUGCUUGUCUCAUGGGAUCCGGCACCCUUAAUUGAAUUUUCUAAAUUGCAGAUUGACUCUCCACUUGGAAUGGCGGCCGAUCGGGAUAUUACCAUGAUACUUCGUGCGCGACGUAAAGGGAGCUGGGAGUUCAAUGUCAUGAGCUGUACGAGAGAUACUGAACGAUCCACAACGGUGUCUCAUACGUCGGGCAUUAUCGAGUUGCAAACGGAUGCCGAAGCAGUCGAGCGAGAAUUCUCGCGAUACGAAAGACUCAUUGGCAUAGAGACAGUGGAGAAACUGUACGAAGAUGUCGGGAGCGAGUCUGUGCGAGGUUCUAUGCUUUAUCAGAUAUUUUCGCGUGUUGUCCAGUACAGCGGCCCGUAUCGGGGGCUUAAAAGCGUUGCGGCCAAGAUGGGCCACAUUGCCGGGACGGUCGCUUCGUUGCCCGAAUUCAUCAGUGAUACCGUUCUUGCUCAACCUGCGACCGUCGAUAGCUGGAUGCAGGUUGCUGGAAUUCACGCCAAUGGCAUUAGACCGUGUCCUGAAGAUGAAGUUUACGUGUUCACCAAGCUUGAACGUAUGCAGUUUGGCCCCGAGUUCACUAAACCAUCAUCAACAUCUUCGCCUUCAUGGAUGAUUUUUUCGAACCUGGUACCUAGCGGACCCAAAGAGCUUUCGAACGACAUUUUUGUUUUCGAUGCAAAUUCAAAGCGCCUCGUGGUGCUAAUUUUGGGAGCUCAGUUCAAUAAUGUCCGCUUGAGCACGUUGCAGAAAGUUCUAUCUAGAUUAAACGGGGGAACACGGGAUGUCUACCAAACACCAAAUCACAGCCCACAAGCAAAGGUCAAUACUGCAUUCUCCACUGCCGGGGUCUCUCAGACUCCCAUUCUCGCCGCAUCAGAGCCCAAUGUCUCCAGAUCUGGUCCUCAUGUUGGCCGUGACUAUGUUUUCAACAACGUGUGUGCCUGUCUGGAAAGGGUGGCUGAAAUUCCACGUCUUGAUAUAAAGGGCAACACAUCUAUGGACCACCUUGGCAUUGACUCUCUUAUGAUGAUGGAAGUAAUUAGCGAACUUUCCAGCCACUUCGCUAUUGAGCUACCUAUCGAAGACAUGGAACAUUUGACCGGUCUCGAUUCCCUUGUGAGCUAUCUGCUGAACAAAGGAUGUGGUGCACAGAGAAUAUCAGACCCAUCCUCGGACACAGCAACGACGGCCAUGUUGCAGCCCAGCAGGUCAUUCAUCAAUGCUCCAGAUACUACAUCUAACAGUGGGUUUUCAUCACCCUCAGAUCGUCAUGAUUCCCAGCAGAUUGAGCAACUUGCAAGCGUAGUGCAGGAGAUCCUAGACAUGCCAUCGGCACCGAGCGCAGACACCAAUCUUGCAGAUAUAGGCUUGGAUUCUUUGCAGGCCAUUGAGCUAGGUAACGAAAUUGAGAAACUGUUCUCCGUCUCCAUCGACCUGCACAAGCUUGACAAGAUAGCCACAUUCCAAGAUCUCGCGCGCCUGGCCGGGUUAGGCCAAACUCGUCUUCAGAUAUCUGCAGGUAGCUCUGAGAUGGCAAACGAUUAUCCAGAUAGCAGACGACGCCAUGAAGAUCCACCACAACAUUCCGGUGUCGUUGACGUGCGUGAGAGUUUUGACCAGGUUCGCUGCGACUUUGACGAACUUGCAAAACAGGAAGGCUUCGCCAAUUUUUGGCACGAUGUGUAUCCAGAUCAAAAUCGUCUUGUUCUCGCCUACACCGCGAAUGCUUUUAGAAAGCUUGGCGCUGAUCUGGCGUGCAUUUCAGUUGGGCAAGCAGUGCCCGAGAUGUCAAUACUCGAGAAGCACAAGCCCCUACUUGAGCGCAUGCAUAAAAUCCUGGCUGAUGGUGGAUACAUCGACCAGCAGAAAAAUCUGGUCUACAUACGCACGUCCAAGCCUUUUGUGCUAGGUAUUCCGCAGGCACUACUGAAGGGGAUUCUUUCUGACUUCCCUCUCCAUGCUUCAGAGCAUCGGCUGCUGGAUGUCACCGGAUCCCAGCUCGCGGAAUGCCUCACGGGAAAGGUAGACCCUCUGGCACUACUGUUUGCCAACAAAAAAAAUCGAAGAAUAGUAGCAGACGUCUACGAUCUAGCUCCCAUGUGCCGAGCAACCACACGGCUCGUGGCAAAGUUUAUGGCGAACGCAUUUCCAGCAAGCAACAAGGGCGAAGUCUUCCAUUUUCUCGAAGUUGGAGGUGGUACCGGGGGAACAACUAGGUUUCUCGUCGACCAUCUAACUCGCUGUGGAGUAAAUUUUACCUACACCUUCACCGAUAUCUCGUCAGCCCUUGUGGACUCUGUUAAAAAGGGCCUGGCAGGAUACGACUGCAUGCGCUACGCAACACUCGAUGUCGAAAUGGACCCUCCCCCAGGGUUCAUAAACAGGUAUCACGCUAUUAUCUCAACUAACUGCAUCCACGCAACGCGCAACGCGACGGUGUCGUUGGCAAAUCUGCGCAAAAUGUUGCUUGUCGAUGGGGUGAUGGCUUUGGUCGAGUUUACGAACGGUUUGUACUGGUUUGAUUUGGUCUACGGCCUCCUUGAUGGAUGGUGGCUCUUUGAUGACGGCCGUCGCCAUGCACUCGCUGAUACUUCCUUCUGGAACCGUAGCCUGGUUGCUGCCGGCUACAAACAUGUCAAGUGGACUGGCGGCGACACGGCCGAGUCUCGCAUGUUAAGGCUAAUAUGUGGCUUCAAUUCAGCUGUCAAAAGCGAGAAGGAUAGUCAUCUGUCAAAGAGGGCCGGUGUAGCUCUAGAAACGGUCACUUGGAAACAUGUCGAUGGUCUCGAGCUAUGUGCCGACAUAUACUACCCUUCGUCAGAGGCGGAAGACACGGUCCGCAGCAAGCGGCCAGUAGCUUUGCUGUUUCACGGCGGCGGACAUGUUUUGCUCACACGAAAAGAUGUACAUAUAAAGCACAUCAAAACGCUACUCGACCGGGGCUUCCUCCCCAUUAGCAUCGACUACCGACUUUGCCCGGAAAUAAAUCUUUCCCAGGGCCCAAUGACGGACGCGUGCGAUGCCCUUGUGUGGGCAAGAUCUCAAUUGCCUCAUCUGGACCGUGCACGUUCCGACGUACAACUAGACGCCGACCGAGUGGCUGCUAUUGGAUGGUCUUCCGGUGGUCAGCUGGCCAUGACUUUGGCAUAUACAGCGCCUGCGAGGGGAUUACAAGCCCCAGAUGCCGUAUUGGCAUUUUAUUGUCCAUCAAACUUCGAAGCCGACUGUUGGAAGAGUCCUAUUUAUCCAAAAUCCGUUCAGGAGCCGCCAGAUACAGAAUACAACCUCCUAGAAGGUGUCUAUGAUAGCCCGACUGCAGGAUAUAAGCCUAGUCCUGGAAGUGGUGUGCGGAUGACUCUCACAGAUCCGCGGUGGCGCAUCGUAAUUCACUACAACUGGAAAGCCCAAAUAGUGCCUGUACUUGUUCGUGGCCUGCCGAGUAAGGCCCAAGCUGCCACCAACAGCAUGGGUGCGAAGAACUCGGACUACUGGGAGGCGCUCUCAAUGCCCCCACUCGAGGAAAUUCGGGCCGUCAGCCCGUAUGCGCAAAUCGUGCGUGGCCGAUACCGCACGCCAACCUUCCUCGUGCACGGGGAUUGCGAUGACCUGAUUCCCUGGCAGCAAAGCCGCGAUACUGUCCAGGCCCUUAUUUCACAGGGCGUUGAGGCUGGGUUCGCAGCCCCACACGAGGCAGGACAUGCGUUUGAUCUCUGGCCUGACGAAGAUCCUCGGGAAACUGGAUGGCCUGCUGUCAAGGAUGCAUAUGACUUUAUGCCCCAGGGCCGGAUUCUGUUUGGAUUAUGA